CAAAACACUAUUAUUUUGUUCAUCGCUUCAAGUAGAUUGCACCGAAUAUUCCUAUUCCACGUCCUUCCUCCAUAACCUUCACAACCCGAUCCAAUCUGAUAUUCGAUCAAGAUGUCGGACGAGAUCAUCUGGCAGGUUAUUGACAAGCAAUUUUGUAGUUUUAAACUGAAAACUACCAAAGAGAAGAACUUCUGUCGAAAUGAAUACAACGUGACGGGCCUUUGCAACAGACAGUCAUGUCCGCUCGCCAACUCUCGUUAUGCCACGGUUCGAGCCCAUCCUACGAAGGGCACUUUGUAUCUCUAUAUGAAAACCAUUGAGCGUGCGCACACACCCGCCAAGCUUUGGCAGAGAAUCAAGCUGUCGCAGAACUAUGCGGCCGCCCUAAAACAAAUCGAUGACCAACUCAUCUAUUGGCCCAAGUUCCUAGUCCACAAGGCGAAACAACGAGUUACGAGGCUCACACAGGUCGCUAUUAGGAUGAGAAGGCUCGCAAAGGAAGACGCACGCCUCGGCGAAAAGAUGGUGCCUAAGUUAGCACCUAAGAUCAGGCGACGAGAAGAGACCCGCGAGCGCAAAGCAGAAGCUGCUGCUAAGUUGGAACGUACCAUCGAACGCGAGCUGAUGCAGCGACUACGCGAGGGAGCUUACGGUGACCAACCUCUUAAUGUUAGCGAAACUAUCUGGAAGAAGGUGCUCAAUGCAAUGGAGCGCGAGGGUGACGGUAUGCGAGAUAAGGACCUCGAUAAUGGCAUAGAAGAAGAUGAGGACGAGGAUGAGGAAGAGAUGGAAGGUGAGGUCGAAUAUGAGGAUGAGGAGGAAGAUGGAGCCGUCGAGUAUGUAAGCGAUUUCGAGGAGAGUGAGGAUGACCUGGAAGAUAUUGAGGAUUGGUUGGGAAGUGAUGAGUCCGAUAAAGAAGAGGAAUUGGACAGUGACGAGAGCGAGGAGGAUUCAAGCAAGAAGGCGGUCGGUGAAAAGAGAAAGAGAGCUCGGGUUGUUCGCAUGAAACCGAAAAAGACAGUUCGCCGUGGAAGAGAGAUCGAACAUGAGCACGAGUUCGAACGUCCGAGGGGGGAGCUUGCCUUCUAGAAGACGAAGGCAAUGAAUUGGUUGGAACAGAAUACUAGUAUUUCCUGAUAUUGCCAAGAAAAACUAUUGAUACCCUUUUCACUACGUAUUUGGAGGGGAUACAUGAGCAUUGAUAUUGACAAAUCACGGCCCAUGGAAGGGAUAUAAGAAUGUACUACUAUGUAGGUACAGUUCUAUGUAACGGCAUCUGGGUGUCUUUUGUGCUAAGUUGCUAGCGCAAUGAAACACUAUCUAAAAGAGAAAGGCGACGAUUGGCGUUCUAAUUAUUGGGGGGUUCAUGAAUUAAUACUAUUUGCCAAUU